UGCCAGCGAGCCGGUUCGCUCGCCAGCGCGCCCGCCUGCUGGCCAGCCGGGCCGGGCACCCGCUUCUCCUGGGGAUACGGCAGCACCUUUUCUCCCCGCGCCCGCGCUUUCUCCAGCUUGGCUUCUACCGACUUUGCUAAUCGCCCGGACAGCAUCUGGACGCUCGGGCUCCGGGGCUGCACAAAGCUCAGGUUUCCUUCGGGAGCUGGAGGCGAGAGGGGCUUUUCGGGCCGAGUUCAGCGGAAUUGCGGGAUGGAAGUUAACGAAUUCGGGCAACUUGCCUCUAUUGCCCGGUCGACCUCUGCUCUUCCCCCACACCCACGCCCACAUACACACGCACACCCACGCACACACCCCUCUGCCUAUAAACGCCGGCGGCGGGGCCGGGCGGCACACGAAGUCCCUGCCUCGCCGAGCGCCGGACUUGGAGGCAGACAGACCUGGCUGCGAAUCCCGGCUCCGCCACUUUCUAGCGCUGUGACCUUGGCACAACAGCUCCAGCUGGCAGCAUCACGUCCCACCAAUUUAUCUACCUUCUGCCAAGGCUCUGAAAUGCCAACUAUGUCAAGGCCUGCACUUGAUGUCAAGGGUGGCACCUCACCUGCAAAGGAGGAUGCCAACCAAGAGAUGAGCUCUCUGGCCUACUCUAACCUGGGGGUGAAAGACCGCAAAGCAGUGGCCAUUCUGCACUACCCCGGAGUAACCUCCAAUGGAACCAAGGCCAGUGGGGCUCCUGCUAGUUCCUCGGGAUCGCCAUCUCCAAUAGGCUCUCCUACUGCCACCCCUCCCACUAAGCCCCCACCCUUCAACCUGCACCCCGCCCCUCACCUGCUGGCCAGUAUGCAGCUGCAGAAACUUAAUAGCCAAUAUCACGGGAUGGCCGCUGCCGCCGCCGCCUCCACUGCUCCGGGCCAACCCGGGGAGGCAGGGCCCCUGCAAAACUGGGGCUUCGGGGCUCAGGCGGGAGGGGCGGGGUCACUCUCUCCCUCUGCCGGUGCCCAGAGCCCUGCCAUCAUCGAUUCGGACCCGGUGGAUGAGGAGGUGCUGAUGUCGCUGGUGGUGGAACUGGGACUGGACCGAGCCAAUGAGCUGCCGGAGCUGUGGCUGGGGCAGAAUGAGUUUGACUUCACGGCAGACUUUCCAUCUGGCUGCUGAUGCCAACUGUUCCUAAAGAUGGAGGAAUAAAGCCACCAAUUCUGUUGUAAAUAAAAAUAAAAAUUAAUUACAAAGAGA